UGCGAAAAGGAGCACAAGUUGCUCUCGAUGCACGCUUCUCUCUGCAGCACGGUGGACUCCUGUUGGCAUUGGUCGCACGCCUCGCUUCCACACCAAAUGUCGUCUCGCAGCCCGUUAGCAUUAGCUAACCGGAGUCAAAACGAGAAAAAUGCCCCCGAGGAAGCCAAAGCCGAGCGCCGCCAACGUCUCCAGCUCGCUGGACCUGGAGUCGGAGGAUAUCAGCCUGGAGACCACCGUGCGCACCGCCGAGGACGUCUCCUCGUCGGACGAGACGCGAGCGGGCUCGCAGAAGCUCAUCCGGCAGCUGAUCGAGAGGAAGGAGCUGCUGCAGAACGUCCAGCUGCUGAAAAUCGAGCUUUCCCAGAAGAACCUCAUCAUAGACAACAUGAAGGCAGACUACAUGACCAAGGUGGAGGACCUGGAGGAGCGGCUGAAUGAUGCUCUCCAUCAGAAACAAGUUCUGGCGCUGAGGCUGGACAGUGAGCUGAAGAUCGCUCAGGAGGACAACAGGAAACAGCACGCGCUGCGAAAGAAGGAGGUGGACAGCAUCCUGCUGCGGCAGCAGCAGCUGGAGGAGGCCAACCUGCAGAUGCGGGAGAAGGCCGGAGAACUGCGCCGCUCUCUCCGGGACUUGGACAUGACGCACCAGCGCUACCAGGAGCUCCGCGACCUUCCCGAAGACUCAAUGUCAAUUCAGGAAUUUGUUGCUGUGCGCUUUUACGAAGUGGUGACUCCGUUGAGGGCUCAGGUGGCCGAGCUGCGCGUGAAGAAAGAGACUUUGACCGAAGACCUGGAGACGCAGCGGACCCAAAUGAAGGCUCUGAUGGAGAGCUACGAGGAUGAACGCCGUCUCCGCACAGAGCUGGAGCUGAGGAGCCAGAGACUGACGUUGGAGCUGGCUGACACCAAACAGCACAUCCAAGAUGGGGACUACCGCCGGGAAAACUACCCCAACAUCAAACGUGAGCGUGACAUCUUGGAAGCCGAGCUGAAGGAGUUAAAGAGAAGAUUUGAGACGCUUAACUUGACCCACGAAGCCCUUGGCAGGGAGCGAGAGACCCUCGGCAAAGAGAUGGCGACGUUGCAGCAGUCGGCGACGCUGCUGCAGAAGGACAAGGAGUACCUGCACAGACAGAACAUGGAGCUGAGCAUUCGCUGCGCACACGAGGAAGACCGCCUGGAGCGUCUGCAGGUGCAACUGGAGGACACCAAGAAGGCCAGGGAGGACGCUUAUGAAAAAUACAUAUCAUCCAGCGACCACUAUAAGUCCGAGUACGAACGCAAGUUGAGAGAUGAGCUGGAGAACAUCCGACUAAAGACUGGUCAGGAAAUCGACAACCUGCAGAGAACGUCCAGGGAGAUGUACGAGAGAGAGAACAGAAACCUGCGUGAGGCCAGAGACAACGCGGUGCUGGAGAAGGAGCGGGCGUUUGCGGCCGAAAGGGACACUCAGUCGCGAUACGACCAGCUUCUCGAACAGUUUCGCCAGCUGCAGCUCGGCACCGACAGCAGGGUCGCCGAGUUGUCCAACCAGGCGAAGCUGCACUGCUUCGAAGCCGAGCGCGCUCAGAUGAUGAAGGAGGAGACCGACAAGGCUCUGGCCCAGUGCCAGAUUGAGUGUGAGAAACAGUGCAAAAAACUGGAGGUCCUCACGCAGGAGUUUUACAGGCUACAGACGUCAUCCGAGAAGCGCACCGCUGAGCUUCACGCGCAGAAUGCCGAGCAGGCAUCCCGCUUGGAGACGUACGAAAAACUCGAGCAGGAGCUAGACCAGGUCACCAUGCAGGCUGCCGAAAUUGAGAACGAGGAGGAAGCAGAGAGGGUCCUCUUCUCAUACGGCUAUGGAGCCAACGUUCCCACCACGGCCAGGAGGAGACUUCAGCAGAGUGUUCACCUGGCCCGCAGGGUGCUGCAGCUGGAGAGGCAGAACACAUCACUGAGGAGAGACUUGGAGAGGCACCAGACCCAAACAGGCCGAAUAUCUGAGGAGCUGUCGGCGGCCAACCAGAUGUUGGAGCAGACGCAGCAGCCUUACAGCUACCUGAUCGAGACGCUGAGACAAAAGGACGCCCAGAUCAACGGCCUGAAGCAACGCGUCGCGUCACUUGAGGACGAUGUCACUUCUCUGAGGAAAGAGCGGACGGCCCUGCUGCAAGUCAAGGACAACAUGGCUGCCGAUCUGGAGCGGCUCCUCAACCAUCGGGAGGAGUUAGCCAUGAUGAAGCAGGUCCUGAUCAGCAUGCGCUCCCAACAGGAGAACGCCCUGAGCCCCUUGGGGGCGAACAAAGCCAACCCGAAGACCUCCGGCUCAGACAAGUGGCGCUCCAAGCGGGACGGCGGGCCCACCGGGGACGAGUCCCCCGGCAAUCCUAAACCCACCGUCUUCACCAAAAGAGAAGCUCCUGAUUGGUUCCAACGACUCAAGCAGAAACCCAAAUAAUGACGUGUGUAGGGCUUUAUAAAAAAAAAUAAAAGUGAAAAUUGUUUUCCCCUC